AUGCUACGUGCCCUGCGGAAGAAGUACCCCGAGGGAAGCAAACUGCUGUGGGUCUGCGGGGAUGAUGUGUUCGAGUGGAUUUCCAAUGAGCGUGGACAGGCCAUGCUUUGCGAGCUGGACGGGCUCAUCGUCCAAAGGCGGUUGCACAAGGCACCUGACAAUCAAACUGACCGCUUCUAUCAAGCGCCGGUGGACAGUGAUUUGGUUCGGGCCCUGGCUGCAGAGCAUCAGGUUCAUGUCGACUUCAUCUAUGGCGAGCUGCCGCACUACUCGUCCACCCUCGUGCGCAACUCCCCUGCAAGCUGGAGAGCUUUCCUGCCUCAAAAAGUGGCGGCCUAUUUGGACGAGCGACCAGCGCUUCUGGCACAACUGGUGCGCAGUGGCGACGCACCGCCAGCGCAGAUGACACCCCCAUCAUCGCCACUCGGAGAGAUGGCGGAAUGUGAAGAUCUGGAUGAUGAAAUGGAGUCCGUUCUGGACCCUCUUGGCUUGCUCAGCUGUGACGAUGAGAACCAUCGGUUCCAUGAGACGGCGGCCCCAGAAAAGCUGGAGAAGCCUGUCGCCGUGGGUUUUGUGGACCUCGUCCCAGACGAGGAGACUUCCGCCUCCACACCGUCAGAUGCAGCCGAGACUUCGGAGCUGCCUCACAUCCUCGGCUCCAUUUUGCGCAGCAAGCGCUCGCCCGUGUCCAGGAGCCCCAACCGCAAGAGGACCGUGUCCAGACCUCCCUCGGGCCAGCGACUUCGGGAGGCAGCGCUGUCUUGUGUCAUGCGCUGCCUGGCGACCGUCCAUUCGCUGCAGAGGGAGCGUGGCCAGACCGCGCUCGCUUUGGCGCUUCGGGGCUCUCCCGAAGGUGAUGUCGCGGCAAGAAAGCUGCGCAAUCUCCGCCGUGCCACCACGGAGACGCUGCAAGGUGACGAGGCAGAGCUCCUCCAUGCAGCCGGUUUUGCAGCUGGCGCUGCGGGAGCAGUGGCGGAGGAGCUUCGUCACGUACCCAAAUGGCUCAGCUACGACCGUGCACUGCCCGGCACCCAGUCAAUGACGUCUGAAGAGUGUGCACCCAUUGGCAUUUGCCCAGACGUUGUGCUACAAUGA